AUGACCCUUGAAGACAAGUUGACACCUCCCAGUACGCCGCCGUCGGUAGAUUCCACCGCGGCUAAGUCGCGUAUAACGCCUCAGGUAUCGGAGGCUUCUGGAAGUUACGAAAAUGGCGAUAUUGACCUGAUGGAUAUCGCCAAAAAAAUGUACCACGAUCAGUUUGUGUCGAUUCAACCAGAAGAAUAUACCCAGUUUCUCGCGGCAGCCGACGCGGAGUCGGAGAAGAUCCGGGAUUACUAUAUGGACCUUUUUACGUGGCAUUCCAACCUUCUUACAUCUACACGAAUGUUGUGUGCCAAGCUUCAUUUGAAAGGAGAAUCGCAAGAAAUCGACCGGAUCUUGAGUUCAUUCACCAAGUCGUACAUCCGGCAACACCCAUGCAACGUUUUUGCCACACAAAAUUUCGAAAAAAUCUACAUUGUGUUGUACCUGAUCAUCCUCCUCAAUACCGCGCUCCACAACCACGAGCUCGCCAACAAGUCGAAAAUCUCCCAGACCGAGUAUGUUCGCAACACGUUCCUGACGUUUGUUCAGCAGGACGCCCGCAACUCAAAGUCUUUGUCCAUAAAACAAAGAAUCGUGAUUGAACGAGAGCUCUGUGAAUUCUACGACGAUUUGGUGCGCCAUGAACUCCACCUCAAAGACUUGGACCCGUCCCAGAACCUCUCUACCUCCCAGUUCCAGCCGCUCUCGCGCCAGCUCUCCGGGCUGUCCAUUUGGCUGACAGAUACCGGCCGGCGGUCGUCGUAUGCUGCAAAACGAAUCUCCACCACCCCGCUGCUGGUUUCACAUUACCCUUCGUCAACGUCGCUGCCGUCCAAAUCUCGCGUAGGGUUCACCAGGGCUCUCGCUAGCGAUCUGAAGGUGUAUAGCCACCUGAACGGCUCCAGAGUGUCGGCAACCAGCGUUCGAAACAGAAACUCACUCGACCAUUUGCGAACCAAUAAUUUGAAUAAUUUGUCCAAUACCACUCCUCUUUCCAUGAAGAGGUCUUCACGAGCCUCCAUAAUGUCCCGCGAGUCCACUGCUACCCUGCACGACGACACACUGGUGUUACUGAUGGAAUCUCACCUCAAUCAGCUCGACCUCGACUCCGACGCUCCGGUGCAAAAUGUCGACGAGUUCAACGUGGACGACUACCAGGACAGCUACGACUUGACGUUGGAGUUGCAGGGGUCGCCGUACCUCAAAGAAGGGUUGUUGCGUUUGAAAAUCAUCAAUAAUGACCAGGUGGAUUCCACUUCUUCAGACGUCGAAUCUUCCGCUGCCUCCACCAUGUCUACCAGCGGCGCCUCCAGGUUCUUCUCCUUCUUCCGCAGCUCGCCGGCUGCUCCUCCGCCUGCGCAAACCGGAACACAUUCGCUAAUCAGCAAGUUUGUAGAGGACUUUGUGGUGGUGUCGAAAGGCGAACUUUCGUUGUACUCGUUUGACCCCAAGGUGAUCAAGAAGCAGCAGCAGAAAGUGAAAAAGUUUCAGAAACGGUCGCUCAUGGCUGGGCUUGAAAACACUCCGGAAAACGACGAGGUGGGAGAUGGUAACUGGUUGAAAAAUGCUGCUUGUGUGGGCCAAUAUAAUCUCUGUGAUACCCAUGCCCAAUUGGAAAAAUCGCUCUCCACUGGAAAAGUGAUCUGGUCGUUGACUUUCCCCAAAAUUUCGAAAAAACCCGCCAAAAAAUUCAUCUUUGAAGCGGGAACCAAGGAAGUGGCUCUUGAGUUUAUCAACUCGUGCAACUUUUGGGCCGCCAAGAUCACCGCCGUGCCCACGCUGGAAGAAAGUGUGUCGCUGAUCGAGUACGGUUGGACCAACUUGGACCAUUUAAUUGCCAAAAAGGACCAGUUCAAACGGAGCAAAGAUAUCCACAAGUGGGAACCACUUCCCAAGGGCGUCUAUUUGAGUUCGUAUGUGGUGGACUCCAACGACAGCGCCAGCCAUACCGGGAUGAUGAAGCAGUUUGUCAAGACUUUGGCGUACCACAAUAGUCUCAAGCGAUUGUACGCUGAGUUCAAUCUGCAGAAAAUCAAGUUUAUGAAGAACAUUAACUCUACCGGAACAAACUAUAACCGAGUGGUGGGCAACUUCGAAGCCAAGAUUGCCGACUACAAGUUUGAAAUGAAAAAAUACAAGAGUUAUCUCAUCAUCUUGGCAUUUGGGUUGCAGCUUCGGUUUGAUCUCGAAGACCAGGACCAUGAAGAAGACGAACUUUUCAACGAUUCCGAUGUCAAUUUAGAAGGGGAAACUGUGGCCCGGGACCUGGAAGUGGUAGAGCUGGAACUCACCAAGCUUGUCAAGUUUGAGAUUCGUCGUUUGUUCAUGAACAUGAAAGGAAUCAGCCGCAUUAUUCCCACCUACCAGUCGCUGAGAUCGAUCACCGAGAUGGCCGAGCUUGCAGGCAAGGACGGCAGCCGGUCUUUUCCGCUCGUCAAGUCGCCAAAAACCUUUACUCUUGCUAAUUACAACGACACUGAAAGUCCGGUGAAUCAGCUACUAAAUACCACUGGAAAUUCAACCACGAAUACCAACGAAAAGGACUUUGUACACAGCUACAGCACGAACACCAUCAAGGAGGAGGAAGAGGAGACGGAAGACGACCACAAGCUGUCGAUUGAAAUGGUUAAAACGGCGGUUGUGGGCAAGCCGCAACUUGUAGAAUUAGGUGUAUAG